GACCCCAUUCUCGCUUCCCGAGACAGUUUUCGUUUUCAACCCAACUCUCCUCCUUAUCGGAACGACAUCGUCGCGAUCCCCGAUCCGAUCUUAUCCCGUCGCGCUCUCUGAAACAGUGAGUCGUUGAAGAUGGCAGAUAAUGAGGAGGGAGAGGAGAGUACUGGUCGUGGGAAUGGAUGGGAAGUGGUCUCGCUUACAGCAUCAGCGUAUGCUGCUGCUCCUGGUCCGCAAGAAGUGGAAUUGAGCAAUGAUGAUGAGAGUGGUAGAGAUGGAGAGCUAGCUGAAACUUCUCGUGCUUUGUUCAUGUCUGGUCACUUUGUUUUUCCACCCAAUCAGCAUGAGAAUUUACCUCUGGAGCCUGAAAAAAGUGAAGUUGAGGAUGUAAAGGUGCAGAAGGAUGCAGUAGAUGAGAUAAAAAUUGAGGAAGGGGGUAGGUCUAGGGGAAAGGAGGAAGAAAAUUUGACCUUAAAAGGGUUGGAUGUUUCAGAUGAGUUUGCAGGAAUACAGUUUACAAAAGAGAAGGACAACAGGUACCCCAUUGGCGGUACAGAGUUUGGAGAAGGCACGGCUUUGGAAGGGCUCCAUUUUGAUGACAACGAGCAGGCUGUAUAUGGUGCUGCAAAAUUUGGUUUUGAUGGUGAAACAGUUCUUCGUGGUUCAUCCACAUAUGGUGACAACACAGAUAUUCCUGGAAUUACAGAACCUUCAGAGCAAGGUUUAGAUUUAUCUGGGGACACCUGUCAAUCUCCAAGGCCAAUGAAAGAUGAUAAAUUUGAUGGUUCUGACCUCCCAUGUGGAGCUUGGUGGAAAAGAAGAGCUUAUUCUUUGUAUUCACAUGCAAAGGAAGCAAAUGCAUGUUGGUCUAUUAUUGUAGCAGCAGCUGUGAUGGGCCUUGUGAUACUUGGGCAACGGUGGCAAAACGAAGGUUGGCAGGCUCUACAACAGAAGUGGCAAUCUAGUGUUGAUCAGAAAGCAGGAAGGAUUUUAGCUCCAAUAUCUCGACUUAAAGAUGUAAUAGUUGGUGGCCAGCGCCAUGGAUCCUUUAUUGGAGGCAGUACCUCAAGUGAACUUUAAGAUGAUGACAAAAAAUUUCAGACUGCCGGUGGCGUGGAUCCAGAGGUACUGCCUCAACUGAAGAUGGCAAAAUCACCGCACAGAUGGCCUCUUAGUUUGUUUCUGACCAUGGUUCAGAUACAUGAUUCUUAUGGAAAGCUACUUGUCUACAUGCUAGAAGUUUGAUAUUGCAGUCAUUGCUUAUUGCCUUGUACAGAAUUCAGGGAUGUGCUUUUAACUCGCUGCUCUUUAAUGUUCAUAUUACUUGUUAGUUAUGUUUGUUUUUGGUUAAAAGUUGAGUUUGAUGAUUGAUAUCUGGUUUUGAUUAAAUUCGAUACAGUACCGAAUAUUGUGGAAUUUUCCAAAGUUUGUAAAUGGGGCACUAAGAUUGCAAAUCAUCUAAUGUUAUAUUUGGAGUCUGCUAGAUCUUUCUGUCAUGGUCUCAGCGGAGACUGGGUACAUGGAGCAAGAUCAGACGAGUUACCAC